AUGAAUAAUAGCAACCCAGCGGCACGCUAUGGUGGUGCAAUUCCGCCCGGCAUUCACAUGAGUUACCCUGCUCCGGCAGGAGCGCCAAAUCCUUAUCAGUCGAUGCGCGGGGCAUUCUCAGUCGCCGCACCGGCGUUCGUGGCCCAGCAGCAGCAGCAGCAGCAGAUGAUGCCGCAACAGCAACCACAACAGCAGGUCCCUUCGCAGCACCAAUCAGCUGUCCCCGCCGCUGCCCACCACCAGCAGCAGCAGCAGCAGCAACAGCAACAGCAGCAGAAGGGGUGUGUGACAGUGGAGGGCCCUUACGGCCUGUUGGCCCUCCCUGGGCUUAUUCAACACUCCGCCAACCCGGAGAACAGCGAUAACACGGCUUUUCUGUACUUGACCCGUGGCUUUGACCUCAAUUCGCUGGGCAUCAACGUGGCGCAACAGCGUCCGCUGCACCCGACGCUGGCGAGCUUAGCGUUAGAGCGGCCUGAGGCACCCGUCAUCGCUGAGUACCGCAUUCCCGAGUGCUACAAGCAGGCGAAGCCGCGCCAACCCACCUUGAAGCUGCUGCAGAAGUACAAGAACGAGACGCUGCUGUAUAUCUUUUAUUCAAUGCCGCGGGAUCUUCUGCAGGUGGCCGCCGCCCGGGUGCUGCUGGAUCGGGGAUGGUGCUUUCACAAGGUGCGGCAGCAGUGGAUGCGGCGACGCAGCACCAACGGCUUCGAGCUAUUCAACCAGAAUACGUGGAAGAUGGAGAUUGAGGAGAACUACCAGCCGAACCCUGCAGAGAUAGAGAAUGAUCUCUCAGACCCCGCCCAUGUAAGCCUUAGCGCGGUGAUUUCUGGCAGCACCAAUAACAGCAGCAGCAGCCCUGCUGGGAGCUCCAGUGCCGGUGGGUUAACGGGGGAGGCCCCGGCAGCAGCAACAACAACAGCGGCAGCAGCAGCAGCGAGCACAACAGCUGGGAGGAGUUAG